ACAAACUUAAGAAAAAUUUGAAAAUUCAGAUUAAGUAACGAAUGUUCACAGUUGGAGAAAAAACAGCAAAUCUAUGGUUGAGUAAUGAAAUGAAAUCGAAGAGAAAUGUAGAACUCAAAUAAGAGUUUGUGAAUUCAAACCAUUAAUAGGUUCUUUCAGACAAAAAUAAUUAUGUUAUGAAAGUUGAGUGAGAGUGUUGUUUUCGUUCGCGCGCUAGCAAGAAGGCCGGUUCACGGCAGGAUGGAAGAAAAAAGUGACGAUGGAAUUAUUAAAGUGGAUAUCGAAUAUUGCAACAUCUGCAACUCAAAGCCCCAGUGUCUCGCCCUCAGUCGAUUCAUAGAGGAGCGUCUUCCUGGUGUUGCAGUGGUGACAUGCACAAACGGACGGCGCGGAUCUUUCGAGGUACAGAUCAACAAGACUUUGGUCCACUCGAGGCUGCAGUCGUUGGCAUUUCCCGACUACGAAGCGGUGCUCGCCAGCGUUACGGCCGCCCAGCAAGGACGACCGUUGGAAAAGGUCCCAGAACAACCCAUCACCGAUUGUGUAGUUCAAUAAGGAGGGGGCUAGUUGUAAUGUACAUAUUUAUAGGAAAGAUUUUUUAAUAUAAUGUUAUAGUACAUCUGAACGAUGAAUUGUU